AUGGAGAUACCUUUGAAGUCUAAACCAAAGGUUUCCAUUGUGAGACUGGUGGAUGAAUCGAAAUUCAACGUGCAGCCGCCCACAAACGUGAGUGGGAAUGGCAAUGGCAAUAAUCAACCUCCUCUGCUAGAUGUUUCUCCCACAGCUACACCACCACCACCACGACCUAUUACUCCCCAAUUCACCAAGAACCCAAUUGAAAGAGUAAGGCGAGAUGCUGGGCUCAAUGAAAUUGGGUCAUCCAACUCUGAGGAUUUCUCCUCGAACCUUUCCAACUAUAAAUUGACCAGAACAUACUCCGAGACGGAGGCAAACAAUUUCGACCUGGAGACCGGUCACAGACUUUACGAUGACGGUAAAAUUCGUCCUACUAUAUCACGGGCGAACUCCAGAUCUCCAGAUAAAUUCAAUAAGAGAUACAAUAGACACUUCUCCGAGAGUGUAAACAACGAUCCCAACCAUUUGCAGCCGAGAUUGUACACGAGAUCGCAUGGCGAAUUGGAUGGAUCCGAUGCCGACAUGAGUGGUACUAUGGGACUCGAAGAUGAGUACAUCCCUGGACUUGAUUUUGGCAAGAUGGUAUAUCAUUGGAACCAUUCCGUAUCAGACCUUGACUUGAGCAAGGAAUACGAGGAGAGAAGACCAAGAAAUCUGCUCAGACAUGGGAGCAACACAAACUUGAACCGUAUCAACAAGAACAAUAGCAACAACACAACAACUUCUAAUACCCCACUGAGUAGGGAUGCGUCGUACCUUGACUUAAAUUUAUUGCACUCACAAGUGGCUCCGCAGCCAAUUGUAAGGCAUCAAUCAUCCCAUGACCAUAGCUUUACCAAGCUUCAUGAGUACAUGCGACUCAGAGCUCCUCAGAUCGAAAAGGAUAAUAUAAUGGAGGAGAGUGGUAGUAACGACAAUGGAGAGGUAUCCACAGCUACAUUAACAGGAGAAGAACAUAAAAGUAAGAGGCUCAAAUCCAACCAGGUGUUGAACCCAGAUACAGGUGCGAUUAAUUAUGAAGUCAUUCUAAAUUCAUUGCCAUCUAAUUUUAAUGAGCUUCCGUAUUCUCAACGUAAGAAGAUCAUUAAGUCAUAUUCAGAAUCAAUAGAUUAUUCACAGUUCUCGAUGAUUGCCAAGCAGUUUUUUGUGGACAAAUUCGGAUCUUCUUCAGCUGGAUCGUCUUCUACAAACACUACAGGAGGUGUGCCUGGGAGUUUUGGGGGAAAUAAUAAAAUAGGGGGAGGGUCUUCAUUCAUCAAUAGGAGAUCAUCUAGACGAAAUAGUGCGAAUACAGUUGCCGGGCGUUUACUAGCACUUUCUUCAUCUUCAUCCUCUGAUAUGCAUAAGUUAGCAAAUGGAAUGCUGCAUCCAGUUCAAAAAGUGAACGUAGAUGAGAAAGGCGCUCACGUACUCAACUAUGAGCUAGGCAAGGUAAUUGGGUUUGGUGCUUGGGGAACAAUUCGAGAAUGUAGCGAUUUGACCAAUGGAGAGAUUAGAGCUUGUAAAAUAGUGAAAUCGAUAAGAAAUGAACCAUCUACUACCAGUGGCUCUCCACCAUUGAACAGCAGUAAAAACUUGAAGGUUUUACAAAUUUUCAAGAAGGAAAUAGAAAUAUGGAAACAGUUACACCAUCCAAAUAUUUUGCCACUUCUUACUCAUUUAGAAACAGAGAAUGCGACAUUUUGCAUAACUGAUAGAAUAUUCGGAGGUACUUUAUUCGAACUUGUUUCCUCGUGGGGAAUUUUCGAUGGAGAGAUAAACAAUACCCAGGGCCCAUUAGGAUUUCUGAUUGAAAGCCAACGAAAUAGAAUCAAUCAGACCAUUCGCUGUGCAUUGCAGAUUGUGGACGCUCUAAUGUACAUGCACCAAGAUAUGGGGAUUGUGCAUGGUGAUAUUAAACUUGAGAAUGUUCUUGUUGACAAAGAGAAAAUGAUCCUAUGUGAUUUUGGUAUGUCAAGAGUCUAUUCUGCAAGGCUUAGUAGAAAGAAUUCCUUAAGAUUUGGUACACCCGAAAAGAGGGGCAUAAACCAUGUAGAAACGGAUGAACCCUCAUUGAGGAGUAAAUCUUCGGCCUCCAAUAUCAGGAGACCUUUGAAUAGUUCCGAUACCUUGAACACUAGAUUUUUGUUCAAAGACGAUUCAAAAAUUGGAAUUUCCCACAUGGGUAGAGCCCAUGGCCCUUCGCUACAGUCUGUAGACUUGACUCCUACACAAUCAUUAAUAUGGGGAGAUUUGAAGGAAGAAAGGGCACGUGAGAAAGAUGAACAGGAAAACAGCGAAAGCCGAGUGUCUAAGAAAGGAAUCGAAUCCGAACUUCCCCAUCUGCACAUUGGUUCCUUGCCUUACGCUUCUCCAGAAUUGCUCCUACCUUCCCCACCUCCCUUGGGGCCUUCUGCAGAUAUAUGGGCCCUUGGUGUUUUAUUGUACACGAUGGUGGUCGGGAAGUUGCCGUUCCAGCAUCCGUAUGAGCCUCGAUUGCGAGCAUUUAUUUCCGCUGGGAGGUAUAACCGAAAUGAUUUGAGGAAAGCAUGCCUCACGAAAUUCAUAAUGGAAGACGAGCUGGUUGACAACAAUAAAAUGUCUUUGCAAGACUUAAAGAGAGAGGAAGAAAUAGUGCAAUUGAAGAAGGAUUGGCAAGAGUAUGACCAACUGGAAUUUAAUUGGAUGUACGAAUUAAUUUCCGGAUGCUUGGAGAAAAACAUUACUAAGAGGCUCCUUUUAGAUUCCAUUUUUAGACAGUUAGAUGAAGCGGUUAGGAGAAAGGAUGAAUCUGAAGUCAGGAAGGUGUAA